GAGAGACUGAAACCACGGUCAUUUGAAAUCGCUGAAAAAACAGUAAUGAACCUUCAAAAUGGCGCCACGUAGAAAAAGUAUUGGCUCUCUACGCGUUCCACUAACUGACAGUUUAAACAAAGAAAAUAAUUAUUUACGUUCGUUAAGUGAUUUUCAAGCACGAGUUCGCAGACGAGAAAGUAUUCGAAAUUAUAAAAAUGUAGCUGAAUAUGAUUUGGAGCAAAAAAUUAAAUUGGAAACUAAAAUAAAAGAAGGCUCUUCCAGAUUGUUGGCUGCUGCGCGACAUCCUGCACAAAGUUUGGAGGCUGCACGUGCUUUAUUUACUUCUAACAAACGGAUGUCGGCCUAUAUGGUUGAGUUAGAAAACCGAGGAAAAGAUGCAUCGUUGAAAACGAGUUCGGAUAGCAAGGGCAAAUUAUCUAUCUCGGAUCUUAGAUUUCCUUUGAUGUGGAGAGAUUCUGAUUACUUUAAAAACCGUGGAGAUUAUCGAAGAUUCGCGAUUUUUUGUAUAGUUCGAAUUGGCGCAGAAGUUCAGGACACGAGUUUACUUUUUCCAAUCGAUAGAAAGCAAACGGAUAUUAGUUUUCCUGACGUUUUAUUAUUCAGUAACGUAUCAGCUGAAUUUGAAUUAUCUUUAGAAGUUUAUAGUCAUAUUUUGCAAGAAGACCUUAGUAUUGCCAGUACUCCGAGAAAGAUUAGAAGAACUAUCCAUUCUUCAAUUUCGAAAACAGUAGGUCGAAAGUUUGCGGCCGCUCUACGAAAUGAAAAUGAGUCUAAUAAAGCACCACAGUUUGAGUUACUGGCUUACGCAAAGAUGACCCUUAACGAUACCAAUGAGAAUAUACGUUCACAUGAUCUAAUAUUAAACAAUUUUGGUAGUAAAGCUAAUGCAUUGCCGCUUUUCGGACAUUUUUGCUGUCGUUUAGCUGUUCAACCGUAUUACAUCGAUAAGGAAGUUUGUGCUGGAUUCGCAAUUAUAAAUAAUCGACGAUGCUGGAUACGAUUACGAAGUUUCCAAAUUGAAGUUUGGAAAUCGAAGAAAUGUUUGGAAAAAUUAGAAAAACCUACGUGUACGAUUUGUGUAAACAAGGAAACUAUUGUCCGCCGAUCGAAAUCAACGAAAAAUCAAUUACGUAUAAUCAAUCACCUAAAUGGUAACGAGGUGCGUGAUGUUAUAGAAUUAUAUUCGAACGAAGAUGUUCAAGAAUGGUUUGAAAAAUUGGAAACAUGCAUUAAAGAAUAUGUCAGAUGGAAACAUGCAGCGAUAACAGUUCAACAAAUUCCACAUUCCGAGUAUUCGAAUGAAAAUAUAAAUAUAAUGAAUACCUUUAAUGGAAGGAACAAACGACACCGAUCUCUUUAUGACGAAACUUCUUUAACAGAUAAUAUUUGUAGGGAAGAAAACAUACUUUGCUCUACAUAAAAGUUUUAUUUCAAGUAUAUUAAUAUUU